AUGAGAAAACUACAGUUAAGUCGCGAAGAGCUCAGUGAAUAUGCCAAGGACCGGUCUAAGGCUUUGCUGGACAACUGGUCCUAUGAGGAGGCCGAGCGUUUGGUGAAGGAGCUGGCGCUCUCGGACUUCUUUGAUGACGUGAAGUUCGGGGUCUAUCGGCAUGGUGGUGUUGUUGGACCGCUAAGUGGUCAGACCGACUACCCAGAGGUGACUCAGGUUCUCAGCAAAAUGAUUCAGGAAGUGACUCCGGAAGCUACGUACACGGCUAUGUGGGUCACAAAGACGUCAAAGCUGGGAAUUCAUAAGGAUGUGAACAAUGAUGAGGCUACCGAGAACUUCGUCCUACCCAUUGCGAUUCCCAGCCAAGGAGGUGGACUAUGGGUUGAGCUGGCAAGGGGUGAUAAAGUGCAAGGGGAGCUAUGUGAGCGAGAAGAUGAGAGGGGGCGGCGACGCUAUGGUCAACUUCUACCACUACAACCUCGCGAACACGUACGACUCAAUCCACGACGAGCUCAUGAAGUUCAGCCCUGGAAGGGGGAAAGAGUAGUACUCAUUGCAUAUACCCCGCAGUGUAUGGGAAAGUUGUCAGCCAACAUGAUCAUGGACUUGGAGUCGCAUGGUUUUCAGCCGCCUUUGACGCAGAUGCCAGAGUACUUUAUGAGUGGAGACGAUGUGAGGGCAAAGUUGGUUUCGAUCGCUCCACACCAGCGGGAUGAAAGCGAGAGAGACUGGAAGGAGCCGCGCGACUUCGAGGAGGACCCAUGGGAAAUGUUCAUCGAGGUGGACAUUGAGUUAGUCAAGGUGGGCACUUCAGAAGUGGAUGGGCCGGAAGGAGGCCCGAUGGUGGCUAAGGUGGAGGUCAGCUACACGUACAAUAUAGAGGAGAUCCUGCAGGAGCUCAAGGCCCCACUGGAGGUUACUCAUACAGUCUCUCCGAAGGAGGCUUUCGCCUGCAUUGAAAAAUGGCGAGAUGCGAUAACCAAGGAGAUGAGCAGCGUCGAGGUCGCCAUACAGAGGUUGCGUGUGGGGACGGAGGAGCGGAGAAGCUGGCUACGCGAUCCCCGCGCUCAGCGUCUACCAAUGAAGUUGGUCUUUACUGUCAAGCCAAACCCGAAGGCCGAUGUCAACAAGCCGGAAACGUUCUACCGCCGAAAGGCUCGCCUAGUGAUCUGCGGGAACUUCGCGGAGGCAGAAGCACAAUCUCUAUAUACUGAAUCUGCUCCUUCAGAGGCGGUAAGAGCGAGCCUGGUGGUGGCCACACGAAAUGCGUGGUGGGUUGGUGUUCUGGAUAUUGUGACAGCUUUUAUCAGGACCCCACUGGGAGAGAGCUCAGACGACCCGGUGAUCGUCGCUACUCCGCCCCGUAUAUUACAAGAGUUAGGGCUUAUCACCAGCCAAGAAUUGUGGGCGCUGGUGCGAGCACUAUAUGGCCUACGGCAAUCACCGAUGCUUUGGGCCCGAUAUCGGGACAGGAGAAUGCAGAGUAUGGUGGCGCCGCACAAUUUGGUUAUGUCACGAGGGCGGACUAUCACUUCGUGGUGGUCGAUCAAGGAUCAAUCAGGCAGCUUGGUGGCGAUCAUCUUAAUAUACGUUGAUGACUACCUGAUUCUUGGACCUAAAGAAGUUCUUCAAGAUCUGGCGGCCAUGGUCCAGGAGGAGUGGGAGACCUCAGAUCUAUCUAUACUUACGGAAGAUAAUGAGGUGAAGUUCCUUGGCAUGGAGUUGUCCUUAAAGAACGGGGAGAUCCGACUGGGACAGCGAGGCUAUGUGGAGGAGCUAAUGAGGGCGUAUGACAUGAAAGAUACCGAUGUCUCAAAGAUCCCGCUCAACAAAGACGAGGCAGUAUAUGAGGUGCUGUCCACAGACGCAGCGCCAACUCCAGAGAUGACGCAUAAGGCCCAGCAAAUGACAGGUGAAUUGCUAUGGCUGUCGCAGCGGUCAAGACCGGAUCUGAGCUACGCAUGCUGUAUAUUGUCGUCACUAACAACCAGAGCGCCAUCCCGGGUGAUUUCCAUGGCCUACAAGAUCCUCAAGUACGUCAACAAGACCCGUGACUAUCUCCUUAGAGUGGCUUGGAAGGGCGGCCAGCUCGCCUUAUACCCUGAUGCGGCAUUUGCACCAGCCUCCAGCCGAAGCCAGUCGGGUUGGGUUAUCUACUACGGAGGAACCCCGAUACUGUGGAGAAGUAGCAGGCAGCCAACCACGGCACUGUCAACGGCAGAGGCAGAACUAACUGCUAUCCUGGAAGGAAGUGUCGCAUUAUUGGGGGUCGAGGCGAUGUUGUUGGACAUAGCAGAGUCAGUGGAUGACAAGGUGGUGGGCUCAGAUUCGAUGAGUGCUUUGUGUAUUUCCUCUGGAACGGGAAGCUGGAGGACACGCCACCUUCGUAUAAAAGCAGCCUGGCUUCAGGAAGCCAUAUCAGGAGGGCAGCUAAGAGCGGAGCACGUUCCAGGACUACGACAACCUGCGGACCUACUAACAAAGGCUCUCCCAAGUCAGCGGCUACGAGAUCUACUACGACUGUGGAUGAUGAUGGAUGAAGCGCCCCCGUUGACGUCGUCCACGACUACAGAGUCAGGUAAUAAGGCAAUGGUGGCGAUGUUAUGCUGCAUGUUGAUGAUUACGUCAGCGAGUGCGACGGCGGAGACGCAGCCUAUUCACACUAUCAGCGUGGACUGGGAUACUGCAGCGAUCGUGAUGGGCCUGCUGAUGAUUGCUGGGGUAGUGGCAACAUAUGAGUUUCUGAAGUGGCUGGGUUCAGCAGUCAUCUUCGAGUACUCACCAGGGGCUUCCGCUCGUAAGCUAAGAGUCCCCACCACGAUCAACAACAGCGUCGACCUCUAUAAGCAGGAGAAGAUCAACAAGGCCAGCGAGAACACCGUCCCCGCCAACUGUGAGAUUAUCUACACAACUGGGGAGUCCAUCAACCCCAGUAUCAAGCCUACCAACUCCUAUUGCGAGUCCAGAAGCUCAGCCGACAGGAGAGUCGAUCGCGCCUUCCAUUGGCGAUCCCACGUUUCCAUCUCUGCGACAAAUGAGAUAUUUCUUAUGGUUGUGGAGACACAAGGUCUGACCCCGACUGAUGCCAUCGCUCGCCUCAAGAGGAAG